AUGAAAAUAUUCUAAAAAGCAAAACAAUUAGUUACUCCAUUUACACUUCAUCUAAAAAAUUCACCUAUAGUUGUAAUGGACACUUUUUGUGAAAAAGGAAAUGAGUCUAAAUUUAAAGUUUUUACAGAUUAAUUAACAGGAGGUGAUAGUAAAGGUGUUGUUGUCUUUAAAGAAGAAGAUGAAGCUGGUAAGUAUAAUAUAUACAUUUUAGUUACAUUCUUAGGAUAAAUCCAAAUUGAUAAGAAAAAACAAUUAGAAUCAUUGCCUCAUGUUGGAAUUGAAUAUAAAUAUUCGAAAUCAGUCAAUAUUGCUAAAUUUACUAAAAUCUUGUUUAAAAUGAGAACAGAUGGUUAGAUCUAUAAAAUUAGAAUAGGAGUUAAUUCAUCUUAUGAUUUUGGACAACAUCAAGCUUAUGUAUAAAUAACAUUCAUAUUUAGGCAUAUAUUGUCGACCAAUCUUAAAUGUGGAAUACUUAUGUGAUACCUUUAAAAAACUUUGAACAUUAAGGUUUUGAUAAAGAAGUUCAAAGUCUUGAAUUGUCUGCAGAAGGAUUAUAAUUAUAUUAAUUUGACAUAAUGAAAGAAUCAAAAAUUAAUGAAAAGAUUGCUAUUCAAAUUAAAGAAUUUGCUAUUUCACAGGAAGAAUUAACAGAACAAGAAAUCAAUUUUAAAAGACCAAUAUUUUAUAAAUAUUUAUAAAAAUAGGAUAUCUUGGAUACAGGGAGAGAAAAAUAUAAUUAAAUACCUUAAAAUAAUAAUUAGAAAUCUAAUUAAAAUGGAAAAAGUAUAAAUAAUUGGUUCGAUUGA